AUGAUAUUAUGGUUUAUUGUGUUAUAGAUCAUUAUAGAUGUCCUAGGAUUUUAAUCGUAGUACUGGUACAGAACGAAUUUAAAAAUUGAGUAAAAAUUUUGCCCUGAUUUGCAUGUUACAGUCCCUGAUAUGAAUCCGCACUUAUGUGUUUGUAAGUGCUUACUAUAUAUUUAGCUUAUGCUGAGAUCUGUAAAGAUGUGCCUGAAGCAGAUGUAUUAGUUGCUUAGAACGGAACUUAAUAUAUAUGCCACCCUAGAUUCUAACCAUUUGCUCCAGGAACACCAACUAUAGAUCAUUAUGGUGCAUUAAUUUGUGGAUAUGAUGAAGGAGUUCCACUAGUAAUAGAGUUGUUACAAGAUAAUCAUCUUAAAUUUUAUUGUAAAUGUGAGUAAUUUAGAAUAUUAGAAUAGUUAUUGAAGGUGAAAAUUACAAAAAUUGUUUGGCGACUGAACUAAUAAAUGGAAUUCCAAGAUGCACAUAUUGUAAAGCACCUUUUUAUGGAGAAUAUUGUAAAUAAUAAAUAAAUGGUUUUGAUUGGAGAUAUUUUAAUCCUCCUAAAAGUAAAUAAUAAAAUUUAACUGAAAGAAUGCAAAUUUGAGAAUUGUAUAGAAUGUGAAGAUCCAUUGACAUGUACUAAAUGUUUUCCUGGUUAUAGUUCUUUGAAUACUGUUGUGACUUGCAACAUAUGUAUAUUUUUUUAUAUAUAAUAACAGAUGUUGGUUUGUUUCCUCCUUGUGAAAAAGGAUAAGUUGAAGAUUAAAACAUAUGCUACUGUAUCUUUUUAAAAUAAUUUCUUAAUAGAUUGUCCUGCGGGUUGUUUAAGUUGUAGAAAAAUAUCAACAAUUUAACAUGUAACUUGCGACACUUGUGAUGCUAAUUACUUUAGAUUAAAUAAAAAUAAAAAUGAUCCAGAUUGGUACUUUUGUAUUAGGUUGGAAAAUUGUGACUUCAGUAGAUAAUAAAUACUUACAGAUUAAACAACAUUGGAUGAAUAAGGAUUUUAUAUUUACACUAUAACAUGUACUUAAUGCGAUUUAGGAUAUUAUUACAAAAAAGAUAUCCAGUCAUGUAAAAGUAAUAGUUAGUUUAAUAAUUAGUGGCUAUUCAAUUGCAUCAUGAAUGUUAUAUUUAUGACCCAAUUUAAUAAUUAUGUGUUGUUUGUUUUGCUCCAACCUAAUUUAGGGACAGUGCUUGUAGAUACCAAUAGUGUGAUUAGGCUAUUUGCCUAACCUGUUCAACACUUUAUCCAAAUUUUUGUACAACUUGUGAUUCCUCUCUAGAAAAAGGAGGAGUUAUCAAAGAGAAAGGUAUUUGUUCGUGCAAAUAAAACUUUGGUUUGAAAAAUGAUGUUUGUGAACCAUGUUCUGAUGGUUAUUGUUAAGAAUGUGAACAAGAUGAUUUUUAUUCAUGUACAUCAUGUGCUCUUGGCACAAAUAGAAUAUUAGUUAAUAAAUAAUGUAUUUGUUAACCUGGAUCAUUUGAACCUGAAGAUGGUGGUUUAAUAUGUAUUGGUAAAUUUAUUAUAUUAUUAAUUAAGUAUGUGAUUGGUCUUGUUAAACAUGUUUUGGUCCAACAAAUUAUGAAUGUACUUAAUGUCCAGAUGAAAUUAUUUCUAAUAGAAUUCAAGUAGGCAAUUCUUGUCCUUGUAAAUUUGGAUAUUCAGAUUAUGCAAUUUAAGAAUAAAGAUGUGGAAGUAUUUAUUUAUCAUUAAAUAUAUUCAGAAUGUCAUCCAAGAUGUUAAACAUGUUUUUAAGCAGAAGAUGAUACUAUAAAUUAAUAUUGUCUAACAUGUAUACCUGGACAAAAUCGUAUGGUUAAUGAUAAUUUCAAUUGUGAUUGUAUAGAAAAUUAUGGUGAUAUUAAUGGAACUAAAGAUAUUUGUUUUAGUAUUUUAAUUAAUAAAUUAUAUAUUUAUAGUUUGUCAUUAUACUUGUGGAAAUUGUGAUGAUUUUGGUUCUAAUAAUUGUACUUAUUGUUCAGAUAGUUCAUUUAGAUAUUUAACAACUUCACGAGAAUGUUUAUGUAAAACAUCAUAUUAUGAUGAUCAGAUAAUAUUGAAUGUUCAAGUAAUAUUAAAUAAUAUUAUUAGAAUGUCAUUAUUCUUGUUUAAGAUGUGCUAAUAGUACUGAAUUUAAUGCAUGUAUAGAAUGUCCUUCAACUAGAAUACCUAGUGAUUCAUCAGCAAUUUAAUUUGAAUGUCCUUGUUUAUCUUCACAUUAUUAUGAUGAUGGAUUAUCACCAACUUGUAUAGAAUGUGAUGUAUCUUGUUAAACUUGUUUUGGUACUCUUUCAUCUAAUUGUUUAACAUGUGAUCCAAUCUAUAGAUAAUUAGAUUUAUCAUCUUGUAUAUGUCCAAUUGGAUAUUAUGAUGUUGGAUAAUUAGAAUNUAUCCAAAUUUUUGUACAACUUGUGAUUCCUCUCUAGAAAAAGGAGGAGUUAUCAAAGAGAAAGGUAUUUGUUCGUGCAAAUAAAACUUUGGUUUGAAAAAUGAUGUUUGUGAACCAUGUUCUGAUGGUUAUUGUUAAGAAUGUGAACAAGAUGAUUUUUAUUCAUGUACAUCAUGUGCUCUUGGCACAAAUAGAAUAUUAGUUAAUAAAUAAUGUAUUUGUUAACCUGGAUCAUUUGAACCUGAAGAUGGUGGUUUAAUAUGUAUUGGUAAAUUUAUUAUAUUAUUAAUUAAGUAUGUGAUUGGUCUUGUUAAACAUGUUUUGGUCCAACAAAUUAUGAAUGUACUUAAUGUCCAGAUGAAAUUAUUUCUAAUAGAAUUCAAGUAGGCAAUUCUUGUCCUUGUAAAUUUGGAUAUUCAGAUUAUGCAAUUUAAGAAUAAAGAUGUGGAAGUAUUUAUUUAUCAUUAAAUAUAUUCAGAAUGUCAUCCAAGAUGUUAAACAUGUUUUUAAGCAGAAGAUGAUACUAUAAAUUAAUAUUGUCUAACAUGUAUACCUGGACAAAAUCGUAUGGUUAAUGAUAAUUUCAAUUGUGAUUGUAUAGAAAAUUAUGGUGAUAUUAAUGGAACUAAAGAUAUUUGUUUUAGUAUUUUAAUUAAUAAAUUAUAUAUUUAUAGUUUGUCAUUAUACUUGUGGAAAUUGUGAUGAUUUUGGUUCUAAUAAUUGUACUUAUUGUUCAGAUAGUUCAUUUAGAUAUUUAACAACUUCACGAGAAUGUUUAUGUAAAACAUCAUAUUAUGAUGAUCAGAUAAUAUUGAAUGUUCAAGUAAUAUUAAAUAAUAUUAUUAGAAUGUCAUUAUUCUUGUUUAAGAUGUGCUAAUAGUACUGAAUUUAAUGCAUGUAUAGAAUGUCCUUCAACUAGAAUACCUAGUGAUUCAUCAGCAAUUUAAUUUGAAUGUCCUUGUUUAUCUUCACAUUAUUAUGAUGAUGGAUUAUCACCAACUUGUAUAGAAUGUGAUGUAUCUUGUUAAACUUGUUUUGGUCCUCUUUCAUCUAAUUGUUUAACAUGUGAUCCAAUCUAUAGAUAAUUAGAUUUAUCAUCUUGUAUAUGUCCAAUUGGAUAUUAUGAUGUUGGAUAAUUAGAAUGUGAAAGUAAUUCUAUUUAAAAAUAUUAUAAGAAUGUCAUUACUCUUGUUUUUAAUGUUUUGAUAAUACUGCUGAAGGUUGUAUUGCAUGUUCAAUUGAUCUUCAUCUUAGAGUAUUAAAAGGAAAUACUUGUAAAUGUAUUGAUGGAUAUUAUGAAGAAUCAGGAACAGCUAAAUGCAAAAGUAAUUACUUUAAUUAUAUAUCUAUUAGAAUGUUCAUAUAAAUGUGAAACUUGUGUGGAUUAACCUGAAAAAUGUUUAAGUUGUCCUUUCAAUUCUUUACGUAUACUUGAUAUAGAUAAAGGUUGUUAUUGUGCAGGAGAAUAUUAUGAAAAAGAAAAUGAAAUAUCUUGUCAAAGUAAUAUUAUUUUAUAUUAAAGGAUGUCAUUUCAAAUGCAAAACUUGUGAUGCAUUUAGUGAAUCAUCAUGUCUGUCAUGCGAUUUAAUAGCAUUUAGAGAACUUAAACUUAAAUAAUGUAAAUGUUAACCACAUUAUUUUGAAAUGGAAGUUUAAGAAUGUGCAAGUAAUUAUUUAACUCAAAAUUAGUUUGUAGUGCUUAUUGCUAUGAAUGUAUUAAUAAUUUUGAUAAUUGUACUUCAUGUUAAGAUGAUAGAUAUUUGGUUGGAAGUACAUGUAAAUGUAGUUCUAAGUUUCAAGGAGCUUAGAUAAGUACAUUUGAAUUUAAUGGAUAGGUUUAAUGUUAAAGUAAAUCUUUAAAUAAUUAUUAGAAUGCCAUUAUUCUUGUGGAACAUGUGGAGGAAUAGAAGAAAGUGAUUGUUUAUCUUGUAUAGACACUGAUCAAAGGUAUUAAUUAGGAAAUACAUGUAUUUGUAAAGAAGGAUAUUUUGAUGCAGGAUUACCUGUCUGUUAAAGUAUUCAUCAAUUUUAUUUAAUAGAAUGCAGUUACAAAUGUAAAGGAUGUAUGAAAUAAUCUGAAAUAUGUACUUCUUGUUAAGAUAACAGCCUUAGAUAAUUGCUUUCAGAUUUCAAUAUAUGCCAAUGUAUCUAAAGAUAUUAUGAUGAUGGAUAAAAUGAAGUUUGUUAAAGUAUGUAUUCUUCAUAAAUAUUCUAAGAAUGCCAUUACUCAUGUCUUAGAUGCAAUGAUAUUGACACAAAAUGUGAAUUAUGCUCAAUUGAAUCAAAUAGAAUUUACAAUGAUCAAUUAUUUUCUUGUGAUUGUAAUGUUGGAUAUUAUGAUACUGGAGUUGAAAUCUGUUAAAAAUGUCAUUACUCUUGUUUCAGUUGUAAUUUUGGAGACCCUAAUUCUUGUAAUUCAUGUGUUGAUUCAAUGACUUCAUAUAGAGUAUUUUAUAAUGAUAGUUGUUAAUGUAUAUCUGGAUAUUUUGAUAAUGGUUAAUCAGUGCAAUGUUAAAAAUGUGAUAUUUAAUGUUUAAGUUGUAUUAAUCAAUCUUACUAAUGUUAAUCAUGUCCAUAAACAAGAAAAAUAGAAAGUAAUUGCAAAUGCCAACAGGGAUAUUAUGAUGUAGGUUUAUAACUUUGUUUAAAAUGUAAUUCAAAUUGCUUUACAUGUGAAUCCACAUCAAAUAAUUGUACAUCAUGUGAUUCUGAUUAAUUUAGAGAACUUAAUUCAAUAACUUAAACUUGUGAUUGUUAAAUUGGUUAUCUUGAAAUUAAUGGAAUCUGUGAGUAAUGUCAUUCAAGUUGUAAAACAUGUUCGUAAUCUUUAAAUUUAUGUACUUCUUGUGUUUAAUUUCGAUAUUUAAAGAAUAAUAAUUGCAUUUGUAAUGAUGGAAUGUAUGAAUCAAUUGCAGAUAAAUAAUGUAAAUUAUGUAAUAAAAGUUGUUUAACUUGUGCUUAUUCAGAUAUCUAUUGUUUAACAUGUUCAAUUGAUAAUUUUAGAAUAUUUAAAUCUGGAAAUUAAUGUGAAUGUAAAUUAGGAUAUUAUGAAAAUCCAAUUACAUAAUAAUGUGAAGAAUGUGCAAAAUCUUGUUUAACUUGUUCAAUUACAUACGAUAACUGUUUAUCAUGUGAUACAAAUCUGAAUUUGUCUAUGAUUAACAACAAAUGCUUAUGUUCAUAAUCUUAUUAUUUUGAUUCUUUGACUAAAUCAUGUUAAUGUAAUAUGUUAUAUUAUAUAUUUAUUUAGAAUGUCACAUUAAUUGUUUAGAGUGUUAAAAUAAUAGUGAAUGUACAUCUUGUAGAGACACAACAAGAUAUUUAGAUGAAGAUUAAAAAAAGUGUUUAUGUAAUGAUGGAUUUUAUGAGACAAAUUAAUAAAAUUGUUAAUGUAUGUAAUUAUUAUACAUCAUUAGAAUGUCAUUUAUCAUGUGAAACUUGUGCAAAUAUAAAUACUAAUUGUUUAACUUGUUUGAAUAUCACUUAUAGAAUACUAAAAAAUAAUAAAUGUCUAUGUAUUGAUGGAUAUUAUGAUACAGGAAUAGAAUUAUGUUAAAAAUGUAAUAAUAUUUGUAAGACCUGUUAAAAUACUGCUUCAACUUGUUUAUCUUGUUAUGAAAUUGAAUAAAAUAGAUAUUAAUUAGGUGACAAAUGUUUAUGUAAAUCUGGAUAUUUUGAAUUAAACACAGAUAUAUGUUCAAGUAAUCUAUGUUUAUUUAUAUUUUAGAAUGUUCAAAUGAAUGUUUAACAUGUUAAGGCUAAGCUGAUUAUUGUACAAGUUGUGAUAUCAAUUCUAAAAGAGUUGAUUAAUCAAUUAUCCAUAAAUGUCCAUGUAUAAUUGGAUUUUAUCAAGAUCAAAAUUAGAUAUGUUAAAGUAAGUAUCUAUAACUAUAUUUUAGAAUGUCAUAUCAAAUGUUAAACUUGUAUAAAUUAGAGUGAUUAAUGUUUAAGUUGUAAGUUUGAAUUAAAUUCAAAUAGAAAGUCUUUAUCUGAUUAAUGUAAUUGUAAAGAAGGCUAUUUUGAUGAUGGAAUCUAAUUAUAAUGUUAAAAAUGCAAUCUUAAAUGUAAAACUUGUUAAAAUGAUUCAAUUAACUGUGUAAUUUGUUCAAAUUCAAUACGAAUAAAUCCACCUACCUGUAAUUGCAUGGAUGGAUAUUUUGAAGAUGAAUAAUUCACUUGUUAAAGUACAUUUUAUUGUUUAUAAAAGUUUGUUCUUCUUAAUGCAAUACUUGUGCAAUAUAACCUUCGAAUUGCUUGACUUGUAAAUCAGGUAGGAUUGGAAAUGAUUGUAAAUGUAUUGAUGGAUUCUUUGAAUUUGGCUCUAUAUUUUGUGAAUGUAUUUAAUUUCUUUAAUUUAUAUAGAAUGUGCAUUUAAAUGCGCUACUUGUAGUAUAUAAGCUAUGAAUUGUGACUCUUGUAAAGGUAAUAGAAUUUAAGAGCCAUAAUGUAUUUGUCAACCAGGAUAUUUUGAUGAUCAAAUAAAUGAAGAUUGCUAAUUAUGUGAUAGUGCCUGUUUAGAAUGUAAUAUAAAAGGAUGUUUAUCUUGUAAUGCCAAUAGAAUAUUAAAUGAAGAAAUGGAUUGUGUUCCUCCACCAAAUUCAAUUUGGUAUAAUGAUACCCCUUGGUGUUCAAGUAAAUUAAUCCUUAUAUUUCUUAUAGCUUGUGAAGUCGCUGUUGUCAAAGCAUAUUUAUCAGAUGAUAUUAGUAAGAUUAUUAUUCAUUUUGAUUUUCCAUUAAAUUCAAAAGGAUUUAAUUAAUAAUUCGAACUAAAUAAAUGUUUGUAAUUAUUUGAGUUGAAAUCUUUAUAAAGUUUUGGUUAAAAUUCUUAAUGUUUCAUUAAUCCAGACGAUAAUCAUGAAUUGCUAAUAUCUUUAGGAGAAAACUCAAAAAUAAAUGUUGGAGAUGAAAUACUAUUUAUAAGUAAUUCUUUAUCUCAUAUUAAUUGUGAAACUACUUUAAACAAGUUUAUCUUUACAACAUUAUAAAUGCCAAUAAAACCAUUUGCUCCAUAAGUUGAAUAUCAUGUACCUGUUCAUUAACUCAAUCCUUUUACAAAAAACUCAGUUUAUUUGAAAUCAAUAAAAAACUAUGGAAAUAGAAAAUUGGAUAAUAUCAUUUGGAAUUUUUAAGUUGAAACAAAUUAAGAUACAUAACCAUUAGGUGAUUUCAUAGAUUAAAUGAAUUUUCUAUAAGAAUAUAAUUUAUUGAUACCCAAAUUUACAUUACCUAGUGAUGCAAUUCUAAAAUUUAAGAUCUAAUAUUAAAAUUUCAUCCAUAUUCAGUCAUAUUCAGAAUUUAUUAUAUAUACCCAUUCAGGAGAUCUACCAUACAUUGAUAUAAUUGUAAAACCUUCAUAUUUUGUCUAUGAAACAAUCACUAUUGGAUUAUCAGCUGGCACUUUAUUUAAAUCGAAUUAAGUAGACAAUUCUAAAUAUAUGGUCUAACUUAGUGAAAUUGAUAGACAUCCUAAAAAGUCAUUUCCUUCAAGACUAAAUACAUCAUUAGAAACUAAUCCAUUUGAAAAAAUAUAAGCAAAUAUUACAAAAUAUACAUUAAGUCCUAAUUCAACUUAUACAUUCUAAGUUAUAGCAACUAAUUUGAAUACUAAUAAAACUCAAUACUAAAAUUUGAGUAUCAACAUUCCAUUUGCUGGAUUGAUUUGCUAAUUAAAUAACAGAGGAGUUUAAAAUAUAAGAAAAGAUUUAAAUCUCUAAGUAAAAUGCAAAGAUUUAGAUACAACAUAUGAUUGGAAUAAUGAUCCUGAUUUGUAUAUUUAUGUAACUUGUAAGGACUUAACAUUAAAUAAUUCUUGCUUAAACUAAUAAAAAUAAAUGAUUAAUGUUAAUGUAACUGAUUCAGUUUAAUUCAUCAAGAAGAAUACAAUUUCUGUAUUUACUGUAUAGGAAUGGUCAGUAAUAGUAACAAAAUUCUAAUAAACUUAAAAAUUUAAUUAAAUUAUUGUAUAUCUUGAAGAUGAUUUUCCUGUUUUAGAUUUAGAAUUCAAUUAGGGUUAUUUAAUGAGAAAAGUAAAUAAUUAUGAAUAACUUAAUUUUACAUUUCUAAUCCCAUUUAAUUAAAAACCCUUUUUAUUAGAUUUAUCAAUAGCAAUCAUCUAUAACUAUGAAAUAAUAGAAAUACUUUAACCAAAAUACAUUUCUCAUCAAUUUAAAUUAUUUAAUAGUAUUAAAGAGUUAAACUUUGGUGAUAGCAUCAGUCUUAAACUUACAGCAUAAUAUACAAACAAUAUAAUGCCUAGUCUAAAUACCUUAAAACUUAAUAUAAAUUAACCUCCCUUCUGUUCUAAAUUAAUUAUUACGCGUUCAAAUGAUUUAGCACUUACAAAUAUGAUGGUUGCCACUAGUUGUGAAUAAUCAAAUGAUUCUCCAUAUAAAUAUUAGCUUAGAGUAUUUUUGAGAGAAUCAGAUUUAACAGAUUUUUUGAAGGGAUCAUCAGAUAAUUCUUUAAUUCUUUAUUCAUUUCAGUAUUAAACUCAAUUUUCAAUUUAAAUUCCUACUUCUGUCGAUUCUUCAAAAAUUGGACUUUUAUUAUAAGUGCUUGACAGU